UAACAUUUUAUUAUGACAUUAACUUCACAGCUCCAGCUAUUUCGAAAGAAGACAGCUGCAUGAUCUGCCUUGGUCCUCUCAAGAUCGGAAACCUGUAUUCUAGUGGAUCAAGCACCAAUCAAACCUGUUCCCACCCCUUCCACUUCGCUUGCAUCGUGGAGGGCUGCCGCACCCAAAAAGGGGAGAACGAAUUCAAGAAAUUGGCGCCAGUACAACCCACAUGUCCCAUUUGUGUGCGGCCCAUCAAAUUUCUCUUUCCACUUGAUGAAGAAAACGGAGUAUUCAAAGUUGAGUUGGCCCCCAGCUUUAAACAGGUUAUCGUAGGCGUCACGAAUGCAGGGACGCCUUUGAUGUCAUACAUCCGUACUCAGAAUGUGCAAGUGAUGGGGUACACCAAGACGACGAACAAUCCGUUUGCAGCUGAAUACAAACAACAACAGGACCAAAAAAUCAAUGUUGUUGUUGAUAAGUUGUUUUGAUUUGUGUCAAUCAGAAAUAGUGAUCAUACUUAUUUCUCCUUCCCUUUGACCACUUUUAUUGUUGUGCAAAUUUUUAUAGAAAUUUUUCACAAAUUGUUGUAAUAAUUUGUCGAUCACAUCCGUAACAAUGGUUUUUUUAUAUUUCAGCUAAACGACGUCGCCUCAUCUUCUUGGUUUCUUCCAUUAUCUGACGUAUUCCUGUUAUAUCUAAUCGAUGUUCCAUUCCGUCUGCUGCCUCACGUACUUAAUAGUAAUUAUUGUAAUUAAUUAAUUCGAAUUAUAUAUUUAUAUAUAUGCGCUAAU